AUGCUGUGCAUUUUAAGCCCUCAAACACGCUUACUGAGGCCUAGUUUGAACAGGAAGGUCACUUACGUUGCUCCUCUCUCGGCUCUCCAUUCAAUCGCAAACCUGAGUGCUGCGCGACCGAAAGCCCACCCGACGCCCGACCAUUUGAAGCAGUUCCCGGCACCCAAUCGCCUGUUCAAUAUUAGGUCAACGGCUGCUGCUAUGUCGUCAGUCGCCCAAUUUCUCAACACCUCCGGCGAGGCCGAUCCGGUAUGGGUUCACCAAGUUCCAUACUCCAAACACCCUGAGUUUUCUCCCCUCAAAGAAAACAUUGAAACCAAUGUCUGCAUCGUCGGAGCCGGAAUCGCUGGAGUCUCCAUUGCUUACGAACUCGUCAAUCGCGGAUUCAAUGUCACAUUGCUCGAAGCAAGAAAAGUACUUUCUGGAGAGUCUGGGCGUACCAGCGGCCAUUUGGCCAACGCUCUAGAUGACGGCUACACCGAAAUAGCCAAGAAGCACGGCAAGGAAAAUGCGCGGAUCGCCGCCGAAAGCCAUACCUGGGCCUUGAACCGGGUGGAAGAAAUAGCUAGGAACCUCAACAUCGAAUGUGAAUUCCGCUACCUCCCAGGGUACGAAAUUUCCCAAUACAAUGUGGACCAUCCAGGUUAUCAAAAGGAGAUCGAUUCCUUGAGAGAGGAGGUCAAAAUGGCAAAGGAUCUUGGUCUAUCAGUGAGCUUCCACGAUGACUUGAGAGUCCAGGGUUGGGACAGCGGCCCGGACCAGCGAGGCGGUGCUGUUUUUGAAAACCAAGCAACUUUCCACCCAACAAAGUACCUCGUCGGGGUUCUCGAGUGGCUGAGAAACCAGCCCAACUUCAACUGUUUCACCGAUACCCGAGCCGUGUCACUCACCGAAGAAGGAUUCGAGGUCUUGGGUUUCGGGAACGAACGAGUCACUAUCCAAACAGAGAAUGGUCAAAAAGUCACCGCGAAUCAAGCCGUCCACGCAACAUGUGUUCCUUUGCAGAAGCUCGCUGUCAUUGCCCAGAUGGAAUACAAUCGUACCUACUGUAUCGCAAUCCGCGUCCCUAAAGGAUAUGUCCAGGACUGUCUACUUUACGAUCAGGCCGAGCAGUACAAGUAUGUUCGUCUUACCGAGUGUGACGAUAAGGACGACUACCUCGUCGUUGGCGGCUGCGACCACAAGGUCGGCCAAGAAGAUACCGGCGGUCGCUUCACGGAGUUGGAACAAUGGGUACGCGCCCGGUUCACUAGAGCAGGGUCCGUGGACUACGAAUGGAGCGGCCAGAUAUUCGAGCCCGUUGAUUACAUGGCGUACAUUGGAAAAAAUCAAGGCACGAAACACUCGUACAUUGUCACUGGUGAUAGUGGCAAUGGACUCACGCACGGCGUUCUGGCUGGAAAGCUUAUCGCCGACGAAAUUGGAGGGUUUACGAAUCCGUGGAGUCAGCUUUACGACCCCCGUCGCAUGGCCAGCUUGGCAAAAUCGCUUCCAUCGAUGCUCAGCCAUGAUCUUGAGAUAAAUUCGCAGUACAAGCGCUUUCUACAAACUGAUAUCACGGAUAUUGAAGAUCUGGUGCCCGGCACAGGCGGUGUCUUGAAUAAAGGCUUUUCUCAGCCGAUCGCAGUCUACAAAGACGAAGAUGGAGAGGUACACGAGAGCAGUGCGCUUUGUCCUCACAUGAAGGGCGUUGUUUGUUGGAAUAAUACCGAGAAGAGCUGGGACUGUCCUGUCCAUGGGAGUCGGUUCAGCAAGGAUGGAGUUUGUGUAGAGGGACCAGCUAAUGGUAACUUGGAGCCUUUGAAGAAGAGAAAGCAACAACCAGUCUAA